GACGCAGACUGAUGAGGAAGACGGCUGCGUUGUCUAUUGGAAGCCGGACAAGGGGACCAAGGUUUUCUACGACAACAAAGUGCAGAAAAUGGCCGAGGUGCUGAAGCAGUUCACACACGAGCAGGUGCGUUCCAUCGAUUUCGCGUGCUUCAACAACGGCAGCUUCAAGAAGAGCAAGGGGGAUCCAGGGACCGUUUGGGAGCCGCAACCAGACGGUCGCAAGUGGAUAGAGCUCUUCUCCGAGAUGGAGGGGGUGGAGCCCAUUUUUGAGGUCAGCGCUCAGAAUAUGUCCAACGCAGAGUUGGCGCUGGCAAACAAGAACAAGAAGAAGAAGGUGGAUGCAGGGAAGCGGCUGAAAUUGACCGGCGUCCGCUUUGUCUCCAUGAAGUGUGUGAGCAUGUCGGUGUAG